CUUUCAGCGCUAUGUAUCGCUGACAUCCUUGUUGUCUUUGGCCAUGUGAUGCAUGUGAGAUAUAAACGUGAUUAUAUUUACGCAAAGUCUUAACGAGUGACUCGAAUUAUUUAACUGGUGUCCAGUAACAAUAAGAACAAAAACUGUCUUAGGAUAAGAAACUGAGGUGAACGUUAUGGAUCUCAACGAAGUUUGGUGGAUUGAAGCAGAAACCGCAAAUAAAGCUACAAUUCCAUUGUACUUAAAAAAUUUACUAAUGAUGACUGAGUUUGAUAAUCUGCCGUCCCUGGAAGGUCUUGACACUCAGCAAGUUGAAAUGAUGGAAUCUUUUGCUCAAACCGAGAUGGAGAAUCUAAUUGAUCCCGAAAACCCAUUGACGGACUACUAUGGGAUUUACGGGAAAUACUCAAAAAACUUUAAGAUUUUACCAGGUCAUAGGAUAUUAUUAAAAGAACUGCGAGAUUACUGCCGAAAAUUGAAAAACGUAAAAUUACUUACGAAUAAAACCAUUGAGCGAAAAACGUUGAACGUAAAUCAAGUUGAACGCGAUUUUGGAAAAGAAGAGAAGCAUAUCUUGAAACUGCUAAAAGACUAUAUAAAUAGGCUAACAGAAAAAGACGAAUACAAAACCAUAUUUAAGGCAUCAGUUGUAAAUAAUAUUAAAGAAUUAAAGGCACCAGUAACACUGAAAGAGCCAGGUAAAGAUCUUUGUAGUAAAUUCAAAUCCAUAUUUUGCUCAUCUGUAAUAAAAAUUAGUAAAGUUCAAGGUCGUUGGUAUAUAUCAAACUAUACGAUACAUCUCAGAGAUCAACAGUUAAAAGCAAAGAAAAAAUUGACAAAAAUCAAAUUAAAAUGUCGAAAAUUGGCAUUAAAAGUUUAGUUCAGAACAAAAGAUUAACUAUGGACACAGUUUUAGAUGCAGAUGAUCGAUCCGUUGCUACUCCGUCGAAGAUACAUAAGCUGCUACCGGAAAAAGUCGAUGACUCCAAAAACUCUGACUAGGAAUUCUCCAAAUUUUUAGCACGUGAAGAACCGUCUGGGGUACGGUUUUUUCUAGAUUGUAAGCAAGAUCCCUCGCAAAUUCAAAAGUGGAGUUUAGAAAAAUAUUCUCGAUCAGAAAGAGACCGACGAUCCUUAAGCAAAAACACGAAAGGACCAUUUUUACUUACUAACUAUUUUUCAAUUAUGAACAAAGUUGAGAUUUUAAUUAAAAGAAACGAAGAAAUGAAAAAUACGAUAAUUUCUCUCAUGGAUCAGCUAGACGUCUCGACAGAUGGAAAAAAUCUAAAAGAGAAUGUUAAUUAUAGCCAUCUUAUUUCGUCUUUGAUGGAUACCGCUAAUUUUAAUGCAGGAAGAGAUUCGCGAGGCCACCGUUAUGGCAAUGAUAUGAAACUCUUUGUGUCGUAUAUUUUUCUUUUAGGAGGGAGAAUUCUUUACGAAGUAAUCCAAGCUAAUCUCCCAGGUUCUCUACCAUCGGUUUCUACAGUUGGAAAAUCAAUUUAAAAAUUCAAUGAUCCAGUUAGAGCAUGGGAAUUUAGAUUCGACGCACUGGCAGAAUAUUUGAAAUAAAGAGAUUUGCCAAAGUUCGUUUGGAUAAGCGAAGAUGCUUCAAGAAUUACAGGGCGAAUUCAAUACGACCCUCGAUUUAAUCGGAUAGUGGGUUUCAUGUUACCACUAGAUGUACACGGCGUUCCUAUCUGCGGAUCCUUUGGAGCAACUUCGGAAGAACCCUGGCGGACCGAAGGAACCGAAUGGAGUCUCUACAAAGUACCCGUGAAGACCUUAUUGGGUCCCCAUUCUGUUCCUU